AUGGUUUAUCCAAAGGAAGCGACAAAGAUAAGGUGGGGAAAUUUGGAAGAAGAGGACGAGCAUCUAGAUUUCGUGUUAUCAACACAUCAAGUGAUAAGACCUGACGAAAGUGGAAUCAUUGGAACUAUGGAGUACAAAUUUGACAAUGAUGGUAACAUGGUUAAAAUCACAACAAUCACUUACCAACGCACACGUGCCAUUGAGCGUCCUAACUUGCCUAAGUUUGGCGACUCCGUUCAUGAAGAUAUCGAUAGUCACCUUACUAUGGUUUAUGCAAAAGAAAUUGUUCUCGGAUGCCCUAAGCCUAUUGGCUAUUCUCUAACAAGGGAUGCAUCCGGUUCAACUAAUGAUGCAUAUGUACCUCGCUGCAUGAGAGGUGGUGCAACUGCAUAUAGGUUUGCAGAGUCAAGUAUGAGACGGAGGAUAGUCUAA